AUGUUUGUGGCCUCGUCACUUUUCGCUGCCUCCGUGGCAAUCCUAGCGGAGGCGACGGGCGUCGAUCAAGAACCGGUCGCGCCUGUUGGCAGCCGUGAUGUCAUUUACGUGCAGAAUGGCCUUGGCAUGUUUGGUCAGAGUGCCAAUCCACCGGUACAGAGGAAGCAAGACACAAUGUCGCUGAUCUUAGCGGUUGCCGUUGUGGCUGUCUCUGCUGCUACCGCGUUCUUCUUCUUCAAGGCUCUAAAAUCCAGCGAAUAUUGGGCCACCUUCUCGGCAGAUAAUCAGCGCGUGAGCAGUGUCUCCUAUCCGUUCGACCGCCUCUCGGAUAUCGUCAGCUAUCCUAGCGAGGACAGGCCCUGUCCGCGCUGCUACUAG